AUGCGGAGCGGCCGUGUGACGCGCCUGUUGGUGGCGCUGUUGUGCGCGGAAGUGUCCGCAGCGGCGGCGGCGGGCGGCGAUUCCCCGGAACGGACGGAAGUGGUCCCCGCGCUGCUGUCGGCGCUCGGCGCCCCCGAGCGGCUGCUGGUGUCGCUGGCGGCGUUCGGAGAGGACCUCCGACUCGACGCCCGGAGGAACGGAGACGGCGGGCCGCCGGUAGAGGAGCGCCGGGCCGGCCGGAGGUCGCCCGUCGCCGCGCCGAUGGACAGGAACCAGCUCUGCCUCUACUCGGGGACUGUCCGGGAUCGACCCGGGUCGCUGGUGUCCUUGACUGCCUGCGGAGGCCUGUCACAGGAUUCUGCUCUCCUAUUGCUGAUGUCGUUUCAAUUUGGGCGCAGUCGCAGUGUGAUGACGCGUCGUAGCGGGCUCGACGUCUUUGCCAAAAGAGCGCGAGCCUCCUGGCGUUUUUGUCCCAGCGAGAGCUUUUACGCCCACGCGCCGUCCGCUACAUUGACAGCUCUGGUCCACUUGAGCGGCGAGGUUCUGCUCAUCCGCCCUCGGGAGGGCCACAACCUCACCGGCUUCGGGUCCUUCUCGGGAGUCCGACACGAGCUGCUGCGCCGGCGGGAAGCGUCGUCGCGAUGCGGUACGGCGCCGGAACGGGAAGCAGGCCAAAAGAAGCGGAAGCCUUCCGAGCUCGGCGAGGAAGCUCGCGGUAAGCGCGCGCCGGAGGACGAGUACACGGUGGAAACGCUGCUGGUGGCCGACUCCGACAUGGUCCGCUUCCACGGAGCGGACGCCGCUAAGAGGUUCUUGUUGACCGUCAUGAACAUGGUGUACAACAUGUUCCAGCACCAGAGUUUGGGCGUGAGGAUCAACAUUCGGCUCACCAAGUUGGUUCUGCUUCACAGCCGCCCCGAGAAGCUGAAGGUCGGCCAUCGCGGGGAGCGUUCGCUGGAGAGCUUCUGUCAGUGGCAACACCAAGAGUUCGGAAGGCCAGCGUACCUGGGAAACAAUCGCCUUCCCGUAGGACGCGAACAAGUCCCGGCCGUGGACGCCGCCGUGCUCGUCACCAGGACAGACUUCUGCGUGCACAAGGAGGAACCGUGUGACACUGUCGGUAUCGCGUAUCUGGGCGGGGCUUGCAGCGCUAAAAGAAAGUGCGUGUUGGCCGAGGACAACGGCCUCAACUUGGCCUUCACCAUCGCUCACGAGCUGGGACACAACAUGGGCAUGAGCCACGACGACGACCACGCGUCCUGCGGCGGCCACGCCUACAUCAUGUCCGGCGAGUGGCUGAAGGGACGCAACCCCAGCGACCUGUCGUGGUCGUCGUGCAGCCGCGACGACCUGGGCAAGUUCCUCAGGUCCGAGUCCAGCGCCUGUCUGGUGCACACGGACCCGAGGAGUCGCUACCAGCCGCGUCUUCCUCACAAGCUUCCGGGCAUGCAUUACGGCGCGGAGCAGCAGUGCCGGAUCCUCUUUGGAAACAACGCCACUUUCUGCACCGACAUGGAGCACCUGAUGUGCGCCGGCCUGUGGUGCCUGGUGGAGGGCGAGGUUUCCUGCAAGACCAAACUGGAUCCUCCGCUGGACGGAACUCAGUGCGGAGAGGAUAAGUGGUGCCGUGCGGGAGAGUGCGUGAGCAAGACGCCCAUUCCGCAGCACGUGGACGGAGACUGGAGUCCGUGGGGUCCCUGGAGCAUGUGCAGCCGCACCUGCGCCACCGGAGUCCAGUUCCGACAGAGGAAGUGCGACAACCCGCCGCCGGGUCCGGGCGGGCAGCCGUGCCAAAAGGCCAGCGUGGAGCACAAAGCCUGCGAAGGUCCCCCGUGCCCGAAGGGGACGCCGGGCUUCCGGGACCUUCAGUGUUUGUCUUACGACCGGCGCGCCGGCGGCAAAAAGGAGGGCCGCGUCUUGACGGCGGUCACGGACGACGAGAAGCCGUGCGCGUUGUUCUGCAGCCCGGCGGGUCGCGACCUUUCCGUGCUGAUGGCCGACAGGGUGAUGGACGGGACGCCGUGCGGACCCUACGAGGCCGACCUCUGCGUCAACGGCAGGUGUCGGAAAAUCGGCUGCGACGGCAUCAUCGGCUCCUCGUCCAGAGAGGACGUUUGCGGCGUCUGCAACGGAGACGGACGAUCGUGCUCCGUCGUCAGGGGGGACUUCAACCACACCAGAGGCAUGGGAUACGUGGAGGCGGCGGUGAUUCCGGCCGGAGCGCGAAGGAUUAAAGUGGUGGAGGACAAACCUUUGCACAGCUUCCUAGCUCUGAAAGACGGCGGCGGCAGGAAGUCCAUCAACAGCGACUGGAAGAUCGAACUCCCGGGAGAGUUCCAGGUGGCCGGCACUACGGUCCGCUACGUCCGCAGAGGCCUGUGGGAGAAAAUGUCCGCCAGGGGCCCCACCGACACACCCCUGCAUCUCAUGGUGCUGCUGUUCCACGACCAAAGUUACGGGAUUCACUACGAGUACACCUUGUCCUUGAACGCCUCGCGAGACGACGAGCGCAAACGCGACGAUCCUCUUUACAUCUGGACACACAGCGGCUGGGACGCCUGCAGCGCGCACUGCGGAGGAGGCGAGAGGAGGACGACGGUGUCCUGCGCGCGUUUGGCGGACAAGUCGAGGGAGCCGGCGGAAGACGGGUUUUGCGGCGCCGAGACUCGGCCGCCGCCGCAAGUGGGGACGUGCAACCCUCAGCCCUGCGCUCACCGGUGGCUGACGGGCGAGUGGGACGCGUGCUCGGCCACGUGCGGCGAGGGCACGCAGCGGCGACGGGUAACGUGCGCGCUGGAGCGGCGCAACGGGUCGCUGACGCCGGCGGAGGACGCCGGCCGCUGCCCGGGGCCCCCGCCGCCGCCGCUGAGGGCCUGCGAGGGCCGUCUCUGCCUCGGCGUCUGGGAAGCGUCCGAGUGGUCGCAGUGUUCAGAGGGCUGCGGCACGGGGGUGCGCACUCGCACGGUCACGUGCGGCAACGCCGCCGGCCUCUGCGACCCGCCGGCUCGGCCCGCCGGCCGAGAAGCCUGCCGCGACCACUCGCGCUGCUACGAGUGGAAGACCGGCCAGUGGUCCAGGUGCUCGUCGUCUUGCGGGCGGGGACUGCAGUCGCGAGUGGUGCAGUGCAUGCACAAGGUGACGGGUCGCCACGGGGACGGGUGCCCGCCCGACCCGCGCCCGCCCGCCUACCGCCACUGCCGGGCCGAGGGGGCCUGCCGACGCGACGCCAACGCCAUCACUUCGCCCAGGCUAGCCGCCCUGACGUACAAGUGCUCCGGCGACCAGUGGCCCGUGUACUGCCGCGUCAUCCGCCAGAAGAACCUGUGCCAGGACAUGCGCUGGUACCAGCGCUGCUGCCAGACGUGCAGAGACUUUUACGCCGCCGAGACCGAGCGACCCGCUUGA